ACCUUCCUCGUUUAAAUAGAUAUUUCAUAUGUAUCUUAUUAAUAAUGGCAUUCUACCGAAAAGGACUGUUUGUAUUUUUGUGGUUUGACUACUUCAUGAUGUUCAUUUAUGAAUGCAACGGCUGCACCUACUCUUCCAGUAACGAGAUCAACAUAUGCAGCGCUGGAAGUACAACUGGAAUGCGAUUUGGAAUACGAAACAAUGAAGUCCCAACCGAUCAGAUUGUUAAAUGUGUUUGUGACCUUCACGCACAGAGCCCAACAAAUAUUAAUUUUUAUUUCGACGGACCUGGAUACGAUAAUUGUGGAACAAGACUGUAUUUAAAUCCCCGUGUUUUUUCAUGUCAUGAUGGUUCCUCGAGUUUUGUUUUACCAACUGCUACCAGGUUAUAUUUUGAAAAACGUUAUGCCCCCAACGAUGAAUGGUGCAUAUAUUUAGAAGCAGAAUACGCAGUAAACAUAACGUGCUAUAAAAUUGGCGAAGAGCCACCAGAGGGAACAACAAAAUUCUUUAGCACAAUGCAGCCAACACUGUUGCAAUCUACAACAUCAAAUUCACCUUCAUCGGCUUUUCCAUCAACCAAUUUACGGACGUCGCCUACAUCAACACAGACAUCAAAACCGCCAACAACGACAACAACAACCUUAUCAUCGUUACCAACACAUAUAACAACACCGUUAACAAAACCAAGCACUCUUCAAUCCCAUCACACAUCAGCAAAAACAUCGACCAGAGAACCAAAAGAUCCUGAUUCGAGUCCUGGAACUACUCCUGUUUUGGAGUCAAACAUCACCAAAACAAAAACAUUUUCCACAACGGCUAUCGUGUUAAUUAGUAUUGGAUUUGGUCUCUUCGUGACGGUUACCGUUCCUGUUGUUAUCAUUCUCGCUCUUAAGUGCAUGAGGAGCUGCAAACAAAAGGUUCAUCAUGAAGUAAAUGUUCAGAUGUCCAAUAUUGGAAACAAUUCUAAUCCUGAAACCAACAAAUAUUUACAAACAUUCACUGAUACAGAUUCCUUAAGAUAUGAAAGUCUUCAGAAUCGUACUGCUGAUAAAAGUUACACGAACUUGCAAGUGUCAACGGGCAAUCAACCCAACCAUUUGCAGCCUUUGUAUGUUGUGGAUUCCUCUCCUGGCCGUUUGAAUGAAAAUGCCACCACUACUACGGAUAAUGAAUCGCACUAUGAAAACUCUAGUUCUCAGCCACUAUCAAUUAACAGUUCGGAACGAUAUGAAUUCCUAAAUCCACGCACUGGUCCACUUUCAAACCACUGUUACUCUACUUUGAAAACGUAAAGUAAGGGAACGUGAUCAUUUGGGUAUCCACUGACCGUUUCCAUAGAAAGGGCAUAUAUUAAGGAAUAGAAACAUUGCAAAAGGAAGUAUUAAGGACCAAAACACACAUUCAACAAAAAGUCCAGUUUUAUGUCAUUGAUAGUUUCAAUUGUUAUAAGGCAUACCAAUAUUAACACAUUUGAUUUCAAACUUGUGUAUGGGAUCAUGAAAAAUAUUUUUACAUUUUUUCCGUUUAAGAUGUUUUCUGUUGGUGUCAGAAAUAGAUUUAGGUGCCAAUAUGUUUGACACUUUCCAAUA